AUGGCCGAACCCAGUCCGCCAGCAGAGUCGGAGUCUGCGCAAUCCCAAUCGCAAUCAGCAGGCGAACAGCCAGGCACAACGAAAGCUCCCCCGAACCAGACUCCUGGACAUCCUAGCUUUAGACGGCAGCGCGCUUCUCGGGCUUGUGAAACAUGCCACGCACGCAAGGUGCGGUGCGAUGCAGCCUCCCUUGGAGUUCCUUGUACCAACUGCGUUGCGUUUUCCAUUGAAUGCCGGAUCCCUGUGCCCAAGCGGAAGAGGGCAGGAACCUCGCGGGCCAAAGAUGACGAGAGUGAGACCGCCGAUACCCAGCCACCGCCGACACCUACAGAUUCUCGCCUAACACGUCCUGCUCAACCCAGACCGACUGCAGGAUUCAACUCUCCAGAUGGCAUCCCGUCUACACAGAUGUCAGAGGCGCAGGCGGCCCAGCAAGCCGCCAAUAACGGUACCAUGGCUCAAUUUAUGAAACCCAAGUUUGCUCGUGCGCCGAUCAAGGAAGCUGGACGAGUCGCCUAUCUUGGAGAGUCUUCGAAUUUGUCUUUGCUAGUCCAUGAUCGGCAUGGUAAUUCAGAUGUGGUUCACUACCCAUUACCAGAGAACAUCAGGGGGGCCCGCGCACGCUUGACUGAGCCAGAUCAGAUGGAGAUUGAAAUCUUGCAACAGAGAGGAGCGUUUCUGCUUCCUCCGCGAACCCUAUGCGAUGAGCUUGUCGAUGCCUAUUUUCGCUGGGUGCAUCCCAUUGUGCCAGUCAUCAAUAGGACACGGUUCAUGAAGAGGUAUAAGGACACCAAGAAUCCUCCAUCAUUGUUACUCCUCCAAGCAAUGCUCCUUGCCGGCUCUCGGGUCUGCACAAACCCACAGCUGAUGGACGCCACGGGCUCGACGACCCCUGCAGCCAUGACCUUCUACAAGCGUGCAAAAGCACUAUACGACGCCAACUACGAGGACGACCGUAUCACAAUAGUACAAGCCUUGGUGCUGAUGGGCUGGUACUGGGAAGGCCCUGAAGAUGUGACGAAGAAUGUCUUUUACUGGACCCGGGUGGCGAUUGUUGUUGCGCAAGGAGCCGGUAUGCAUCGAAGUGUUGAAAGCUCCCAGCUGAGUCGACAGGAUAAGCGCUUGUGGAAAAGAGUGUGGUGGUCGUUGUUCACAAGGGACCGGUCCGUGGCUGUAGCCUUGGGGCGCCCCGUCUCCAUCAACACUGACGACUCCGACGUCGAAAUGAUCACCGAGGAUGAUUUCAUUGAAGACGAAGGCGAUCCGAAUAGUGAAUACCAGCCGGAUCCGGUUCACGUUCAGUUUUUUCUGCAAUACGUGAAGCUAUGCGAAAUCAUGGGUCUCGUGCUCUCACAACAGUACUCGGUGGCAUCUAAGGCUCGGAGAACGAAUGCCAUCGACCUCACCCACAGCGAUAUGGCACUGGCCGACUGGCUGCAGAACUGUCCACGAGAAGUGUACUGGGAGCGUUCUCGCCACCAUUUUUGGUCCGCCUUACUGCAUUCAAACUACUACACAACACUCUGUCUACUACAUCGAGCCCACAUGCCGCCCGCCACCGCAAAACCCAAAGAUUAUGAGAACGUGGACAUGGCUUACCCAUCGAGGACGAUUGCAUUUCAGGCGGCUGGAAUGAUUACGUCUAUCAUGGAAAACCUUUUAGCCCAUGAUCAAGUCAAAUAUACCCCUGCUUUCAUUGUUUAUAGCCUGUUUUCGGCACUGAUUAUGCAUGUCUAUCAGAUGCGCUCUUCUGUACCAUCAGUUGUGGCGGCCAGCCAGGAACGGAUCAACGUAUGUAUGAAUGCCCUGAAAGAAGUUUCCAAGGUAUGGCUGGUAGCAAAGAUGGUCCACACGUUGUUCGAAUCUAUACUCGGGAACAAAGUCUUGGAGGAGAGACUGCAAAAGGCGACGGGCAAGAAAGCCCAACGAGCCAAAAUGAAUCAAGCCGCUGGAGCCCCAGGUCAACCGAACGGCAGCGCCAAUGGACCGACAGCUGCUCCCUCGCACAUAGCGAUGGCCGCAAAUCCAGCCAAGCGAAAAUUCGACGAUAUCGACCUGGGGUUCAGCGUCGGCCCUCCAGCACCACAAAUGUCUUACGAGCGUUCACGACCGCAAACUCCUGCGGUUACUCCUUCCCGGGAAGUCCCCCAGCAUCAACAUCACAACUUCCUCGGAUCCCCUCCAUUGCCAUCAGAACACUUGCCCGCUUCUCGAUCCCGCGGAGCAUCUCGAAUCCCUUCGCGAGUUCCCACCCGGGCCAACUCACCCUUCAAUGGCUACUCGAUACCCGCGACUCCUCCAGACCUCUUCUUGGUGACCCGAGAUUCUCCCAACAUUUCGCAGCAACUGUGGGAGAACUUUCAACCCGACCAGCUCUUCCCCAAUGGGACGAUUGGGGAUAUCAGUAACUUUGCGAGCCCCAUACUGAACCACGCGGUCGACCCUCAACUACAGAUGCAGGAGCCCCUGGGAGGUCAGCAAAUGCCGCAGCUUGACAUGUCGGGCCAGCCUCAAGUCUGGCCACCCGGGAUGCAAGGCAUGAUGGGCGCGGGGAUGGAGAUGCACGAUAGCGAUGGGUGGUCAACGAGUUCAAUUGGAAACGCUCCAGUGGCCCCGACGACGUUGAACGUCGAGGACUGGUUCCAGUUUUUCGGUAUCAACGGGGAGCUGGCGGGAAUGCAGGUGGAUGGGACUUGA